AUGCCUCGCCCUUCAAAGCUUCGGCGCUGCAUGCUUCAGUCCCAAAGUGAGACGCAGGCCGUCGUGGAUGCACAGCUUUCGGAGGCUGAGGAGGAGGAUACUUCUUCAUCCUCCUCUACCUGCUCCUCCUCUUUUCCCUCCUCUUUUCCCUCCUCCCCCUCCUCCCCCUCCUCCCCCUCCUCCCUUUGUCCUCUACUCUCAAGCAGCCCAGGGGGGGAGGAGGAGGUGUUUGCUGCUGAGACACAGAGUCCUCCCCAGAGUCUGCAGAGAGCCGGCUCCCCCCUCACUGCCGCUGCCUCCACUUCAUGGAGUCAACCCAAUAAGGGCUCCAGCAGCCAGGAAGAGGAGGAGCCGAGCACCUCGCAAGACCCUCAGUCCUUGCCCAGAAAUGAGUUUGAUAAAAAGGUGGAUGAUCUGGUAAAUUUGCUGCUCCUCAAGUAUCAGAUGAAGGAGCCGAUCACAAAGGAAGAAAUGCUGAAUGGUGUCCUCAGAAACUACGAGGACCAAUUCCCUGCCAUCUUCAGCGAAGCCUCUGAGUGCAUGCAGCUGGUCUUUGGCAUUGAUGUGAAGGAAGUGGACCCUGCCGGCCACUCCUAUGUCCUCGUCACCACCCUGGGCCUCACCUACGAUGGGAUGCAGAGUGAUGACCAGACCAUACCUAGAACGGGCCUGCUGCUAUUUGUCCUGAGCAUUAUCUUCAUGGAGGGCAACUGUACUCCUGAGAAGGAGAUCUGGGAAGCGUUGCGUGUGAUAGGGGUGUAUGCUGGGAGGGAGCACUUCAUCUUUGGGGAGCCCAGGAAGCUCAUCACUGAAGAUUGGGUGCAGGAAAACUACUUGGAGUACCGGAAGGUGCCCAGCAGUGAUCCCGCAUGCUAUGAGUUGCUGUGGGGCCCGCGUGCCCACGCUGAAGCCAGGAAGAUGAAAGUCCUGGAGUUUUUGGCCAAGAUCAAUGGGAGCGAUCCCAGAUCUUUCCCACUGUGGUAUGAGGAGGCUUUGAGAGAUGAGGAAGAGAGGGGCCAGGCUAGAAAUGCCACAGUAGAUGAUACUACUGCCAUGGCCAGUGCCAGUUCCAGUGCCACCAGCGGCUUCUCCUUCCCCCAGUAA